GACCUUGGAAUUUUGAUUGUGUCAUUGAAAAUGUUGAUAUUGAAAGAAAGUUUCUUGAAUUAUGUGAAAAGUUUUAUAAAUCAAGAUGCAAACUGUCAUUAUCACUUAAAUGUGGUAUUAUUGACCUUAAUGAUGAAUCUCUAGACAGGUAUAAACUAAAAAAAUCAAAUACCAAGGUAACCCUAAAGUUACUCAAAGAAUUGAAUGUUACUAGUAUGGAUAAAUUGGCCAAAACAUUGUCAAGUAUUGAGAUAGACUAUACAAAUUUACCUGAAGGCUGGUAUAACAGCAACAUCAUAACUCCAUUAUUUGAUGGUUGUUUGUUAACAUUUACAGAAUUUGUUCUUCAAUGGUGA